UAGCAAUGUUAAACAAUAAACUAUUAUAAUUCUCAAAUCAUGCGCCAAAUGAUAACACCAUAUGACAUGAAUUUAUCAAAAAAGAAAAACAUAUGAGAAUAUAGGAAUUAUAAUAAAAUGCCGAGCAAAAAGCCUCUUCUCUCAUCACCAUCACUGCCCCUGAUCUCACCGCUGAUCUUAAUAGUCCUCUCCGCUGGCUUUUUCACCAAAAUCACUACUACCACCUCAGAUUUCAACAUCAUCGAGGCCACCGUCAUCGACAUUCAACAUGCCUUCACUCACGGCAAACUUACUUCCAGGCAGCUGGUUGACUUCUACCUGGAGCGGGUCAAAACCUUCAAUCCCCAGCUUCGUAGCGUACUGGAAGUCAACCCUGAUGUGCGCGAUCAGGCGGACGAGGCCGACAGACAGAGGGAGGAAGCCAUUCGUGGCGGUAGAUCAGUGGGAGAGCUGCACGGCGUUCCUGUGCUGCUCAAGGACAGCAUCGCCACCAAGGACAGGCUCAACACGACUGCCGGAUCCUACGCGCUGCUCGGAUCGAAGGUGCCGAGGGAUGCGGGUGUGGUGCAGAGGUUGAGAAUUGCUGGGGCUGUGAUAUUCGGGAAGGCUAGUCUCACCGAGUGGUACGGAACUCGGUCUUCGCUGAUUCCCAGUGGUUGGUGCGCUAGAACUGGACUGGCCAUGAAUCCUUAUGUUGAGGCAGGGGACCCAUGUGGAUCCAGCUUUGGAUCGGCUAUCUCAGUUGCAGCAAAUUUAGUAGCAGUUUCACUGGGAACCGAGACCGACGGCUCCCUCAUCUGCCCUGCUGAUCACAACUCCGUUGUAGGGAUCAAGCCCACUGUUGGCCUCACCAGUCGGGCCGGUGUUAUCCCAGUUUCCAGGCGUCAAGAUACAAUCGGACCCCUAUGCAGGACUGUUUCGGAUGCGGUUUAUGUGCUGGAUGCAAUUGUGGGAUAUGAUCCAAGAGACCAUGAAGCAACAAAAGCAGCAACUAAGUUCAUUCCUGCAGGUGGUUAUAAACAGUUCCUCAAGGAAGAUGGGCUUCAUGGAAAGAGAUUGGGAGUUGUGAGGAAUCUGAUUUUGGACUCUUAUAAUACAUGCUCUACCGUAUCAGCUUUCGAGCAUCACUUUAACACAUUAAGGCAAAGAGGUGCAACCAUAUUGGAUAAUCUGGAAAUAGCCAAUACUGAUAUCAUUCUAGAUCCUUUUCAGAGUGGUGAAGCGAUUACACUAUUAGCCGAGUUCAAGGUGAAUAUAAAUGAAUAUCUCAAGGAGCUAUCAAAGUCCCCGGUGAGAUCUCUUGCAGACAUUAUUGCUUUCAACUCGGAUAACUCUGUUUUGGAAAAGCUGGAGGAGUAUGGUCAAGAUCAGUUUAUUGCGUCAGAGAUGACAGAUGGCAUUGGAAAGCAAGUGUUGAAGGCAGUGGAGAGGAUGAAGAAACUGUCAGAAGAGGGGUUUGAGAAGUUGAUGAUAGAGAAUGAAUUGGAUGCAAUGGUGACAUUUGGGUGGGGUUCAGCUCCAGUACUAGCAAUUGGAGGUUAUCCAGCAAUUUCUGUUCCGGCUGGGUAUCAAACUGGUGGAAUGCCCUUUGGCAUCUGUUUUGGGGGCUUAAAGGGUACCGAGCCCAAUUUGAUAGAGAUUGCUUAUGCUUUUGAACAAGCCACAAAGGCCAGGAGGGUGCCUCCUAUUGAUCAUCAUGGAAAAUCCAAAUAUUAGCGUGUAAUUAUAUUUUUCCCUCAUCUCGUAUGUUAUAUUGCUUCUGAGUUUGAAAUUACUUAUUCUA